UUCUUAGUUCGUAAAUCAACCUUAAGCUGUGAAGAUGCCCGAUCUGAAGUAUAUGUUGACGAUUCUAAGCCUGUAUUUCUUUGUAGGAAGUGUUCAAGCGAAUUGCUUAAUCGACUUGGCUCAUUUGAAUGCCAAUUAUGUGUACUUAAGCCAAAAUAACGGAGUCUAUGAUAUUCAGCGCAGUGAUAUUGUGGAAAUCCACCAGACGUUGUAUCUGCUGUGCAAUGGAGGACUUCAUCGCACCACAUUCCUGUGUCGAUAUGACAGUGUUUUCAGUCCAGCGCUAAGCUCAGCAGCAUGUGCACCACCCGAUCCUGUCGUGGUAAAAGUACCAGAUACAUCUUGUUCCAUUCCGAGUGCUACGUUCGCCGUAGGAUUUUCCUUCAAUGGACGCUUUAUGGAACUGUAUCGCAAUUGUUUUGAUGGCUACAGCUUGGCGUUUCAACAUUCCAUCUACAAGGCUUAUCGCUACGUAAACACCGUUCCACGUCCCAAUCCCACUUGGCAGUCGGAUCAAUUAAGUGGUGGAUUUGACAAUGCCUACGAGGGAAGAGCAACACAAGCUUGUUUGCUCACUAACCUGGGCGCAGUACAGCCGCAGUGUAAAUUUGAUCGUGGCCACAUGACACCGGCUUCUGCAUUUAUAUCCACAGAGCUGAAGAAGUCAACGUUCAGGUAUCUAAACGCUAUCCCCCAAUAUCGAGGAGUUAAUCGUGGCAAAUGGAAGGCCGUUGAGACCUGGGUGAACAAUAUGGUUAGGGGACUGUAUGAUAAUCCAAUCAUCAAUAAUGUACAAAUACCGCGUACUUACGAUGUCCUUAAGGUUUGCAUUGGGGCAUUGGGAGUGCAUAGACUAAGACAUAAUACCAAUAACAAUAUGAUACCAAUUUACCUGUUGGAUAAUAACAAAAUUCCCGUGCCAGAGUGGAUGUACAAGAUAGUUAGCCAUCUCUCCGGAGAUAAAUGGGUAAUGCUGACCUACAACGACGUAAGUCUACCCAAUCAGCAGGCAUUAAACCAGAUCUGCCAUGUGAUACCCUGUCAUCCGGGUCUUAACCUUAAUACGAAGGACGUUGGACACACUGUCUGCUGCGAUCCGUACCGUUUUAUUACCAUAAACGCUCCACACUUAACUGGUGUUUGCUAAGGUCAAACUAAAUAUUUUCUUAGAUCUUGAAAAUGUGCAUAUUAAAAUAAAUAUAAAGUGGUAUUUG